GCUACUCGACAUGCAGAAAUGGUGGCAAUCGAUCAGGUCCUCGACUGGUGUAAGCAACACAACAGAGAUUAUACCGAAGUAUUUCCACAGUUGGUAUUGUACGUAACUGUAGAGCCUUGUAUCAUGUGCGCAGCUGCCGUGCGCUUGAUGAAAAUUCCACGGGUCGUAUAUGGCUGUAAAAAUGAGCGAUUUGGAGGCUGCGGCUCAGUUUUGAGCAUCUCAUCUGAUGAUAUGGUAGACACAGGAGAACCAUUUGAAUGCGUUUCUGGCUAUCGUGCCAAAGAAGCAGUGGAAUUGUUAAAAGCUUUCUACAGACAAGAAAAUCCCAAUGCACCGAAGUCAAAAGUACGGAAAAAGGACCGUCGUAAUUAG